AUGUCUAAUGAUAUCGAAGCAAUGCAACAAAAUUUUGGAAAUAUUCAAGAUAUGCGCAAACCAUAUCGACAUGACUCUGAUAUAUUUGACAUCAAAGACUUGGUCUCUCGAGAUCCCAUAACUCAGUUUGAUUGCUGGUUCCAAGAGGCUUGCAAACAACCAGACAUUAAGGAACCAAAUGCUAUAGCUUUGGCCACUGCAUCUCGAUCAGGGAAGCCAUCUGUGCGGAUGGUGUUGUUAAAAGGAUUUUGUAAAGAAGGCUUCAAAAUUUUUACAAAUUUUGAUAGUCGGAAAGGCAAAGAACUGGAGGAAAACCCUCUGUGCAGUGUAUGUAUACACUGGGAGCCAUUGAAUAGAUCUGUCAGAAUUGAAGGCAAAGUGAUUCGUCUUUCUCAAGAGGAAAGUUGCAAGUAUUUUAAUGCACGUCCCCGAUCCAGCCAGCUGGGAGCCAUUGUUAGUAACCAGAGUACUAUCAUUCCUAAUCGAGAGUAUCUGAUGAAUAAAUUCUCAGAACUGGAAAAGAAGUAUGAAAAUGAAAGCAUUAUUCCAAAACCUGAUUUCUGGGGAGGUUACCUAAUCGAGCCGGACGUAAUAGAAUUCUGGCAAGGGCAGACAACUCGUCUCCAUGACCGAUUACGCUUCAGAAAAAAGGGACCCAAUGAAGUGUUCAACCCAGAAUUUACCCACGAGGGAGAAGAUGGAUGGGUCAUUGAACGACUAUCACCUUAG